UUGAAGAGAACUGCAACAGUUUCAGUUUAUUUUGAUAAAUAAUGUAGGUUUGAUUGAUGAAGUGGGCUGUUGACCUCACAAUCCACCUGGUUAUGAUCUUGCAGUUUAUUGCUCAGCUGCACUGCAUUUUCUCUGACUGGCCCCAUUUACACUGUUGUGAUUCAUGAAUUGGCAACUGAGAUGCCUGCUGAAAUGGUUUUUAGGUAUUGUGAGAGCACCUGCCUCAUUUGUUACAUUCCCUUAAAUAUAACAGUUAACAGAAAUCUGGAUAGGCACAUGGAUGAAGAACCAUAGAGUGCCAUGGUCUGGGUAUAGGUAAAUGGGGUUAGGCAGAAGACCAGGAUGGCAUUGACUAGAAGAGCCAAAGGGCCGGUUUCUCUGCUGUCCUAUUACUCUAUGGCACCAUUUCAUCAGGCAAUGUAUUCCCAAUUCCAACCACAUUUGUGUGAAAAUCUCCCCCUCUCUAAAUUUCCUGCUUCUUACUUUCUACUUAGUUCCUCUUGUUUUAGACACCCCCAUUAAAAAACCCUCAAAGGUUUCUACCUCUGUCAGGUCACCCCUUCAGCAUCCUGCACUUCAGGGAAACAAACACAGCCUAUCCUGGCUCGCCUUAUAACUGAUAUGUUCCAAUCCAGUCAAUAUCUUGGUGAACCUUCUCCGCGCCUCUCUGGUGUGAUCACAUCUUUCCACUAGUGCGGUGAACAGAACUGCACACAGUACUCCAGGUAUGGCCUAACCAGUGCAUGGUUGUGCCUGCUUUCGUAUCCUACACAACAGCCAAUAAAGGCAAGCACCUCAUAUCAUUUCUAAACCACCCUAUUUACUCACAUUGACAUUUCAAGAUAUAUGUAAUUUUAAAAAUAAGUUUAUUUAUGAUAUAUCAGCUUCUACUUUAAUCAUAGAUGUGCGAUACAAGAGACUGCAAAAGUUGCAGUCUGGAGCAAUAGACAGAGCAUUGGAAGAACUCAAUGGGUCAGGCAGCGGCUGUGGAGGAAAUGGAGUGUUGAUCGAUAUUCCUCAUCUGAACUCAGUCUCAGUCUCAGUCUCAGAUUCUCACAUUAAAGAGAAAUGUGAUCUAAGUGACUUUGACUGUGGAAUGAUUGUUGGUGCUUGGGUACCUCAGUCCUGGGAUUUUCACACAGUCUCUAUUGUUUACAGAGAAUGGUGUGAUAAAAAAAGCACCCAGUGAGUGACAGUCCUGUGGGUGAAAAUGCCUCGUUAAAGAGAGAGGUCAGAGGCAAAUGGCCAGUCUGGUGCAAACUGACAGGAAGGUAGCAGUAAUUCAAAUAACCACACAUUACAACAGUGGUGUGCAGAAGAGCAUUUCUGAAUGUAGAGCACAUCAAAUCUUGUAGUAGAUGGGCUACAGCAGCAGAAGACCGCAAAGAUAUACUCAUCUGAAGAGGUACCUGACAAAGUGGCCACUGAGUGUAUAUAUUGUCUGACCUGUUGAGGGCAGGAGGUGCAGAAGCCUGAAGUCUUGCACUGCUAGGUUCAAAACAGCUCCUUCCCUUCAACCAUUCCGGUCUUCAUUCAUCUGGCACUACCUCAAUGUGGCAACACUGUGACUACUUUGCAUUGCAAAGAUCCCUUGUUCAACAUUGAGCCCUUCUAUCAGAGACAAGCGUUUCCAUCAGUCAGGAUGGACGUGUCUGCAGCCAAACCUUGCCAGGAGGUAAGAGAAGUGAGGGCAGACCAACUCCAGGAAAAUGAGCCCCACCCACGUUCGCUGGAGCUGUGUGGCCCGCACAUGUCCUUCACCGAAGAAGCCAUGUCCCUGCUCAGCACCAACAGCCUCUUGGCCAGAUCCCUGCUGGGCAUGAGGCAGGUCAAGCCCAAGGAUACCAGCUCCGCCAACCGGAGGAAGCGAGAGUUCAUCCCAGAAGAGAAAAAGGAUAGCAGCUACUGGGACAAGCGUAAGAAGAACAAUGAGGCAGCCAAGCGGUCCCGUGAGAAACGGCGGGUCAACGACAUGGUCCUUGAGCAGAGGGUCCUUGCCUUACUGGAAGAAAAUGCCAGACUGAAAGCUGAGCUCUUGGCUCUGAAGUUCAGGUUUGGUAUCAUUAAGGACCCUGCAGAGAUGCCAGUCACUCCAAGUAAUCCAUCAUCUCUCUGCUGCACAAAUGGGAUCCAAGGACCUCUUGCAGCCAUGGCUGUGAAUGGUUAUGUUGCUCAUCCUGUGGACAAUAAAAGCUUCCCACCUAAUAACCAGCAGGGAGGGGUAUCUAUUGGGGCAGAAGCACAAGAGUCCAGUGUGGUGUCUGAGGAUUCUGGUAUCUCCACCCCUGGAAGUUCCAACAUUGGAAGUCCUGUCUUUUUUGAUGACCAUCUGAGUGACCAAGGCAAGUUAUCCCCGAACCGCGAGGACCACUUUGAAGCUCAGCUCUCUUCCCCUAGUGACGUGGAGGUGGACCUUGCUAGGAUAGGCUCCAACGAGAACACUAAGCCAGUGAGAUCCCAAGAAAGAAUGGACAUGGUGAAAUCUUUGCCCCAUAAGCUCCGGUUUAAGAUAGGAGCUGGGGUGGAAGAGAGCACUGAGGUUGAUUUGAGGCUAAGAGUUUUUCAAAUGGCAGUGGGUAAUUCUACCCCCAGAACUCUUCCGGAACAGUUGCCUGGUCAGGUCAGGGAUCAACUUCAAGGGUGUUAUACCAACACUGUAAUGCCUCACUCUGACAAGGGCUCCGGGGCUGGCUUGUCUCCACCUUCUUGGAGAGCCCACAUUGGAGCCCAGGGUGGUGGCCAAGCAAUUUCAAACUGCCCAAAGAACCAUGCAAACGAGGACUCCAACAUCAAAUCCGAAAACAGCAUCCUCAGGAAUCAGCUUGCUUCACUCUCUGCUGAGGUCGCUCAGCUCAAAAAGAUGUUUUCUCAGCAAAGGUGUUCCAAUUUCAAAUAACACGGGUCAUCGUCGAUAUUUGUACGUUGUUAAUUUGAUUUGCCUCUCACUUCAUAAUUAAGUUAUUUGCAUAAAACUAAGCCCAUGCAAAUAUUUAUUGUUUGUCCUUGUGAAUGGAUUUAAAUGCGUGUAAAUAUAUUUUUACUUUAUUUUUUAAUCAGCCAUUGGUGUUGUAAUAAAUCCUUUAUGACCAAUUUAGGAAUGGAAGUUCUUCA